UUUGGUGGUUAGUCGUUUCAAAUUUUCGUCAAAAUCAACAAUCUAUUAACAUCGACAAAGUAUCAGGGAAACAUAAUCGACGAGGAAGUUAUUUAAAAUUCAAAGAAUUUUUCGAAAUUUUUAAAUCAAUUCCUUUAUGAGAACGAAUUCCCUUAUGUAUAGUUUCCUCUCUUCAUGUUUCUUACUCCUUGACGUAAAACGUAACGCUUGACAGUUUGUUUUCGCCGUAUUGUCAUUGUCCUCUGAAAAGAGGCAGGAGCCAAAAUAAAGAAAGAAGAAGAAGACAGUUUGCUUUCAAGGAAUUAACACAGAGACUAAUUUUACGCAAUUUUAUUUUAAUACAUUAUGGCAGGAGAAGUGAUUGUUGAUGCAUUGCCGUAUAUUGAUCAAGGAUAUGAUGAACCGGGCGUACGAGAAGCGGCACUGGCGAUGGUAGAAGAAGAGACACGACGUUACAGACCGACGAAGAAUUAUCUGGAGCAUCUGCAACCUCUGUGUAUAACCGCUUUUGAGACGGAGAUAAUGAAGCACGAGUUCGAUAGGAUGCAUAAUCGCUUGCCGAUGGAAGUGCUCAGCAUGAAGCGUUACGAGUUGCCACCGCCUCCGUCUGGCAAGUUGAACGAUUUAGCUGCGUGGAACGAAAGCGUGGAAAACAGCAGCGCGCAAUUGGAGCAUCAAGCCACGAGAAUUUGCAACUUGGAACUGAUGAUGGAUUACGGUUGCGAAGCAUGGAAAUCCUAUUUGGAGGUGCUGGUUCAACUGCUAGGCCAGGCGCAGAAGCAGCUGCAGACGCUGAGGAAGAAAAUUCAGGAGAUCAACUGGCAGAGGAAGUCGAUGCAGACUCAGGGAGGUGACAAGCUGAGAGCCCUCGAGGCACAGUGGGUCGGUUUGGUGUCUAAAAAUUAUGAGAUCGAGCAGGCUUGCGUGCAUUUGGAGGAGGAGAUGCAGAAAAUCAUGAUGAGCAAAGAAGCGGUGGAGAUCAAUGAUGUACCGGCGGAGGAAGGGCCCGAUGUGCCUGAGAAUAACGCCACAGAGACUAUGGCAUUACAGAUGCAGCAGCAGGAUGAGAAUCAGGAUGCUUAGUGUAACUUGUAAAUCUUAUAUAUAUAUAUAUAGAGAUGAUAAAUAUAACUAAUUUGUACAGACACAGUGGAUACGUAUUCAUCAAGUAUUUGCGGACGCAUUGUCGGGGGAUAUCUAUAAUAAAGCACAGUUUAUUUCA